UCGUUAUUCAUCCCUAACCCAAACAAAAACCAAAAAAAAAAACAAAACAAAAAACACAAAAAAAAAAAAAAAAAAAAUGUCAGAUUCCUCAACACCAUCUAAUGGUGAUCUCCAUUCACCAUUAAUUUCAAAACCAAAAAAAGUAACAAUGGAUCAAAUGUUAGACAAGUAUUGUGGCGAAUUCGGGUGGUGGCAAUUUAGACAUUUUGUAUUAACAAGCUUAGCUUGGGCUUUAGAAGGGAUACACACCAUGGUUAUGAUUUUUGCUGACCGUGAACCGGGUUGGAAGUGUUCGACGAACCGGUGUGACUCGACGGUUAAAAGUGUGUGUGGACUUGAACCGGGUUCGUGGGAAUGGUUAGGUGGAAAUGCAAGUUCUACGGUUACGGAGUUUGGGUUAAUAUGUGGACAGAAAUAUAAGGUUGGACUUGUUCAAUCCUUGUUUUUCGCUGGCUGCAUGAUCGGUGCUGGAGUAUUUGGACAUCUCUCAGACUCCAAAUUGGGAAGAAAAGGCUCCCUCACAAUGGUUUGCAUUUUGAACGCCUUCUUUGGUUGUUUAACAGCAUUUUCUUCAGACUAUUGGACCUAUACCUUAUUCCGCGUACUCUCCGGUUUUAGCACGGGCGGGACCGGCCUUUGCGCUUUUGUUCUCGCUACUGAACCCGUUGGCCAGUCUUGGCGUGGCGUAGCCGGAAUGUCUACUUUCUAUUUUUUCUCUAUUGGAAUAGCCGUCGUACCUGCCAUUGCUUAUUUCUUCCAAACGUGGCGAUCUCUCUACAUUGCUUCUUCAAUCCCAUCCAUUAUGCUUGUUAUCUUCGUACUCCCUUUCCUUCACGAGUCACCUCGUUGGUGCCUCGUUAGAGGAAAAGCAGACGAAGCAAUGAAAAUCAUGCACAAAAUCGCCAAAUCCAAUGGAAAACACCUCCCCGAUGGUGUUGUUCUUGCCCUCGAUAGUGAAGUGAACGAUGAGAACGAUCCUAAUUCUCAAUCCGAGUCCAAAGAAGCCCAAAACGGAUCCAUAUUAGAUGUACUGAGGCUACCUUUAACGAGAUUUCGGUUGUUCUUAGCUGUGGCGAUAAACUUCUUUUGCUCUGUUGUGUACUACGGGUUAAGUCUGAAUGCUGUCAACCUCGGGACCAAUCUUUACCUCAGCGUCUCCCUCAACGCUAUCGCUGAAAUGCCUGCCUAUUUGUUAACCGCAUUAGUAUUGGACAGGCUCGGUAGAAAGCCGUUAGCAAUAUGGACAAUGUGGUUUAGCGGGAUUUUCUGCUUAGCCGGAAGCUUGAUGAAGGCUUACGAGACGUGGAAGGUGGUCCCAAUGGUGUGCGGAGUUUUAGGGAUAUUUGGCAUGGCGGGGACUUACAAUUUGUUGUUCGUGUAUUCGAUGGAGUUGUUUCCGACUGUGGUGAGGAAUGCUGCGUUGGGAUGUGCGACACAGGCAUCACAAAUGGGGGCGAUUUUGGCGCCCCUAGUGGUUGUUUUAGGGGGUGGGAUACCAUUUGCAGUGUUUGCAGUAUGUGGGAUUGCUGGAGGGUUACUGGUAAUGUACUUGCCUGAGACUUUAAAUAGGCCAUUAUAUGAUACAAUGGCUGGAAUGGAAGAAGCUGAAGCAGAGAAACCAGGCAUUCUAUCUUAAUUUGCCGGUUUUUGAACUUGUUUCGGAGAACUAUUUUUAGAUUGUACUUAUAUUAGGUAGUCACAAUAAGGCAAGCUCGAAUUGUGCUCUAUCGCAAGAGGCAGAACUACGUCAAAAGCUAGAAGUUGAUCUAUCCUAACUUGUAGCUUUUUGACUUAAAUGCACUUUGAGAUUUGAUCAAAUAAAUUACAAUUGUAGAGUA